ACUCACACUUGGAAGAGCUUCCUACUCUUCUCCACUGUGCAGCUAAAUUUGGAUUAAAGAAGCUUACUGGUUUCCUUCUCCAAUGUCCUGACGCAAUUCGAGCUUGUGGGAUAGCCAAUAAGUACAGAGAAAACCCAGCAUGUAUUGCAGAAAAGUAUGGCUAUAAGGAGAUUCAAAAAAUCAUCACCGAAUUGUCA